GCGAUAAACAUGUAUUUGAACGAAGUACCUACUUAUGUGUUCAAAAUUAUCGUAAACAGCUUGGAAUACAGACCAAGGUCGUACUCUGACGUUCACAGUUUCACCUAGGUCCACUGAUGGUCGUUUUCACUGCAUUCCGGAGAAGUAUCAGUUAUUUUUACGUGUACAGUCGGGAAGUUGUCAGUUUAAAAUACCCAAGGUCAUAUUUGUCAAGCAUGACACACUUGGAGUCGGUGAAACCGGUUGUCACAUCCGUUUUAUCUUCUCCAGAAUUCGAUUCGGUUGUAGUUGUGUUGGAAGAUUUGUUGGGCGCAUCCUCCUUCCCAUCUUUGUUUCCAACAUUACAAGAGGCAGCACAGAUAAACAAAAAGUUUUGUACGGAUGUCCAUACACUGACUUGUAGUGCGUUACCAUCAAAGCGUUUGGUUGUUUCCUUCACUGGCCCACUGGAUCGGGAUAUCGACGAUGCUCGCAGAAUAACUGAGGCAUCUUCGAAAGGUAUAUCUCAUGCUAUCAAAAUUGGUUCUACGAAACCACUUCUUUUGUUGGGUUCGUUGAAAUCUGCUCAGAAGUCAGCACAUGCUUGGUUUCAACCAUCUGUCGCUUGUCUGGCAUCGUUGCUUGGUGCUUACCAUGCUCUUUAUGUGCCCCUUGAAGUUCGUGAGAUCACGCCUCAAGAAGGCCAUACAUCUGCGAAACCUGUCCAACCACGAAAAGCCGAAGUUCUUGGUUGGUAUGCUGGCGUACACUAUACAUUGGACCAUAUGAAACUUGUUGAAUUGGCUUGGUGUUUGGAAGAAGGCUUACGAGUAGCACGUGAUAUAGGAGGAUCUGAUCCAGAACGUAUGAGUUCGAAAAAUAUUGUAAAGUAUCUUGAGAAAGAGUUAACAACACCUGUUCAAAUGACUGUUUGUCCGGUAGAUGAAAAGCUUUAUCCUAUGGCAGCUAUAGUGGAUCGUGGAAAUAAUGAACGACACCGUGGUCAAGUUGUGCACUUGGAAUACAACGGACCUGCUGGAUUCCAGGCAGAUAGUCAGGAACUGACCAACCUAUUUCUGGUUGGUAAAGGUGUUACAUACGAUACAGGAGGGUCGGAUCUCAAGGUUGGCGGAAUUAUGGCUACAAUGCAUCGAGAUAAAUGUGGCGCAGCUUCUGUUGCUGGAUUUUUCAAAGUUUUAAAUCUUCUUAAACCUACCAACUUAAAAGUACAUGGGACUUUGGGUUUAGUUCGUAAUAGUAUUGGUGAAAACGCCUAUGUGAGUGAUGAAAUAGUCACUUCACGUGCUGGAGUUCGAGUUCGUGUAAACAAUACUGACGCUGAAGGUCGAAUGGUUAUGACUGAUUUACUGUGUGAGGCUAAAGAGAAGGCAUUGAACGUAUUCAAUCCACGAUUACUGACUAUCGCUACCUUAACUGGUCAUGUUGGAUUAAGCUAUGGACAGGGAUAUACGGGUAUUGUCUGUAACGGUCCAGCUAGAGAGAUUAAAGAAGACUAUGACUAUCAAUUUUCGGGUUCAUUACUAGGCGAAAUGCAUGAAAUAUCGACUCUUCGACGUGAAGAUUUUGAGGUACAUAAAGCUGAUGAAGAAUACGCGGACCUACGGAAUUCUGCUCGUUUAAAUGCUGGGAAACGUUCUAGAGGACACCAGUCCCCUGUUGCAUUUAUGAUUGUAGCGUCAGGCUUGGAUUCUCAUUCAAAAAAUAGUGAGAAACCUUUGGCAUAUACACAUUUGGAUAUUGCUUCAAGUCAUGGUCCUUGCCCGGGUAUUCCAACCGGUGUCCCUAUACUAACGUUAGCAUCACGUUACAUUAUCCCGAAAAUGUUUGACUGGCCUAACAAGAAUUUCUGAGUACAUGAAUUAAGGUUCCUCGCAAAGUUGAUCUUAAACAGUAAUUGUUUUGUAAAAUGUUUGAAAAUUCUAGUGUCAUAAUUGACUAUUUUUGCGUUCGUAUAAUUUACGGUGAAUAUAAUUUGUUGUUUCAAUAGACUUUCGUUUAUUGUUUUGUGAGCUCUAUUAUCAUCUGACUUUAUCACUGUAAUCGUUGUGUUGUAACUUAAUUUGAAUUUAAUUGCCGUGUUUUUCUUUGAAAAAGUUAAAUUGCAGUUGUUCUUCUUUUUGUCUGGGCAAUUAUGUCAUACUACUUGUAAGUAGCACAAAAGAUGAGGGUUUAAUUAUAUGUCACGUAGUGACGUCUAGUGAUUGGACAUUCGAUUAUUUGAAAACAUUUCCCCCCAUUUUAUUGGUGGAAAUUUAUCUAUUUGCUCGCUGAGAUGCUUUUAGUUUUUAUGCAAAAUGAAUAAGCUUUGAGUAUGUUGCUCUUUCUUUCAUGCUCUGUGAAGUUUUACAUACCGUAUCUAUGUUAUGUGCUGUGCCAUCCCUAAUUGCAAAAAUAUGUUAAUUCAUUGGUAUGUUAAUAUUAAAUAUUUUUACUGAGUA